AUGGAUUAUUUCUCCAAGUGGCCAGAGGCUGGAGCCCUUCCCAACCAUGAAGCAGAAACAGUCGCAGAAUUCCUGGUGACCCAAGUCUUCACCCGCUUUGGGGUCCCAGGUGAGUUACAUUCAGACCAGGGCCGGGAGUUUGAGAGUCGGGUCUUUAGGGAGUGUUGUCGUCUCCUUGGGAUCCACAAGACCCGCACCACACCCCUGCGCCCCCAAAGUGAUGGCAUGGUGGAGAGGUUCAAUGCCACCCUGGUCACACAACUAGCCAAGUAUUGCGAGGAGGACCAGCAUGACUGGGAUGAGUGGGUCCCGUACAUGCUGAUGGCAUAUCGUGCAGCGGAACACGAGGCCACGGGGUUCACGCCCUCACGCCUGAUGUUCGGCCGUGAGAUCCGCCUCCCAGUCGACCUCGCAACAGGAAAGCCGCCGGACGAAGGAUUGCCUGUACCGCACACCGAAUACGUAAGGACCCUGCAGCGUCGCAUGGAGGAGACCAGGCACCGAGCAAGUCAGCACCUCAAGAUAGCAGGACAAGCGAUGGGCCAGGGACGCAGUAGGCCUGGGAAGUCACCGAAGCUCCAGAGUCCGUGGGAGGGUCCGUACACUGUUGUUGAAAGGAUAUCUGCUGUCACCUACCGCAUCGCACCUGCGGGAUCCGGCCGGAGAACCAAAGUGGUCCAUGUGGACAGACUUUGGAGGCACUCUGGGAAGGGCAUGUUCACAUGGGGCCCUCGGGUUAGUGACCAUGACAAUAAUAGUGACAUUGUGGGAGUGAGUGACGGCGCGAAGGAUUGUGACAGUGACGCUAGUGUGGGAGGCGAUGAUGCAAUGGAUGGUGAUACUGACACUGAGUAUAAUGAUGACCAUGAUAGUGACAUUGGAGCUAAUGAUGGCAUAGGAGGUUUGGUGGUGGACGACCCUUAUGUAGCAGUCAGAUCACGGCGUCAGAGGCAGCCACCUGUAUGGCUUGCCGAUUAUGAUACAAGGAAACGAUAA